UCUACUCAAAAGUGACCUCAAUAAUGAGUAAAGAUCUAAAAUUCCAUGGGUAUUAAUGCAGGUCCCUUUACAACUAAAAGUUUGUAUCAUUUGGAUACAAAUUUAGGUCACUUCUUAACAUUGAAAAAUUAAGACGAAAAGUAGUUUGACCUUCAUGGGAAAAAAUUUAUUCUACUCAAAUGACAGUCUGGAUUGGGAUCAGUCAGUCCCACACAAAGAAAAGGAAGACAAGCUUGUGCAAUAAAAGUAUUGCUGUGUCAUAACAAAGCACUUACUCAUGGUCUCUUUCCUUCAACUAAAAUAUAGGCAUCUGCAUCCUUCAACUAGAGCCUAGAGGAAAGGAUUAUCUUUACUUUCAAACCAGAAACACGAAAUACAGAGUAAAGUGAAGCAGUCAGCUUUCUCAGAUCCCAAAGAAAGGCCAAACAAAUUCAUUUUUCUGAUUUAACAAUCAUGUUCAAGUCUUCAAAAUGGAAAAAGGAGAGGAUCAAAACUGUAUUCCAAAUGCAGUUUCAGGUAACACAGGUGCCUCAGCUAAAAGCGAAAAAACUGAUGAUUUCACUAGUUCCGGCAGAUGCUGGAAAGCCAACAGUGAGACUAGGAAAAGCAGCAAUUGUCGAAGGAACCUGUUCAUGGGACAAUCCUAUUUACGAGACAGUGAAAUUAGUCAGGGAUCCAAAAACAGGAAAAUUUAAACAAAACAUUUACUACUUUACUGUGGCAACUGGAUCAUCAAAAUCAGGUUUUCUGGGAGAAGUUGGUCUUGAUUUUGCAGAUUUGGUAGAGGCGACUGAAACCUUAGUAGUAUCCCUACCCCUAAUGCCACUGGAGACGGGCGCGAUUUUGCAAGUCGCAGUACAGAAUAUGCAAGGAGCUCAGGAAACAAGGCAUACUGAAGACAGUGAAAUUUCAAGGACUGAAUCUCUAGAUCAAAGCUUUGAAACAGAACUAGGAAGCAAUGGCCACUAUGGAAACGGACAUUGUACAUUUACUGAAGAUGAAGUGUUGAAUCAAACAUUUCAUUAUUCGAAGCAAAAUAGUAUCCCACGGGAUCCUCAACCAAAAAACAGUCGCGUGAAACAGUUCACCCCACAAAAUGCAGUUAAUCCCCUUGAAAGACAUCUACAUCAGAGAUCAUCCACAGAUUGCUCGCUUGGCUCUGAUUUAGAUGGGAGUGUAACUGAUACGACACACAAAUCAGAGGAGGAUCUUCUGAGAGACAAUGUCCAAGAAACUUCAAAUAACAGUUUUGAGUCCAUGAAAAACAAGAUCAUAAUGCUCGAACGUCAGGUAGAAUUCUCAGAAAUAGAACUACAGACACUCAGAAAGCAAAUUGUGAAAGAGACCAAAAGGGCACAGGAACAGUCGAGACAAAUUUCCAAUCUAAAAGAAGAGAGAGAUGACCUUAAAAUCGAAUGUGAGAAACUUAAGCUGAGAUGUACAGAUGAGGUGGAUGCAGUAGCUUCAGAUAAUGCAGGAGCAGAUGACAAAAAAUCAACAGCUCUAUUGGAAGAAAUCAGGCAUAAACUUCAGAAAGAGAAGAACUUAAAUAGCAAAUUGAUGCUGAAGCUGCAAAAGACGGAAGACUCAAAUUCUGAAUUGAUUCUUACAGUAAGAGAUCUCAACAAAAUGUUGGACCAGAAGGAUAAGGAUAUUUUGUAUCUUUCUGAAAAAGUAAGGUCCAAUAAGGAUUUGCUAGAGGCCGUUGCAGAGAGAACCCAUCUCAAGAUUGGUCAGAAUGAAGAUAGAAAAGCUAAGGAGAUUAAAUUUGCUGAUGUAUCUCAAUCACUGAAGCAGACAAUUGAAAAACUACAGAAUGAAAUAGAAGUCUACAAGAAAGACAGCAAUGAAAUGAAAGCACAGAUGGACCAGCUUGAAAGCCAUUGCCAAGUGUUGGAAGAUGAAAUAGAGGUCUACAAGAAAGACAACAAUGAAAUGAAAGCACAGAUGGACCAGCUUGAAAACCAUUGCCAAGUAUUGGAAGAUGAAAUAGAGGUCUACAAGAAAGAUAACAAUGAAAUGAAAGCACAAAUGGACCAGCUUGAAAGCCAUUGCCAAGUGUUGGAAAAGGAAAAUGAUGAUAUUAAUCAUAACCUAGAGCAAUGUAAGCUGCAAAACCUGAAAACUCAACAAGAACACUUGGAAUCUUUAGCCUCUGUAAAGCACUUUAAACUCCAGGUGGAGAGACUGGAGGAAGAAAUGAAAACUCAAACGUCACAAUACUCAAAAUCAUUGGAUACGAUAAACGAACUUGAAACACAUGUUUCAAUGCUGGAGAAAGAACUGGAAACACAGUCACAGGAAUUUGAAGAACAACUGGAAGCAAUAACCCAAGCCCAAGUUAAGCAGGAGCAGAGGGCGAUAAAAGCAGAGGAAGGAUUGAGAAGGGCAAGGUGGAGUAAUGCUAAGGCAGCUCAGAAACUUCAGGAAGAAUUAAAAAGGCUAUCAGAUGAAAUGACAUUGAAGAUUGAUGAGAAAGAAGAACUGGUCAAUGAUGCAGUGAUGGAAGCAAAUGUUCUGCGUGAGGAGAACAAAAUUUUAGAGGAAUUACUGCAGAAAUCUGAAGAAGAACUUAAAUCAACAAAAGAACAUUAUGCAAGAGAAGUUCUUGAAUUGAAAGCUUCAUCAAUGGAGAUAGGAAGGCUAAAUCUAGCUGGGUCAGCGCACUGCAAACAAAUGGAGCAUAGAGAAAAGGUCGGAUCUGAUGCGGAACAAAUGGAAAAAUCAACUGCUGAAAUGGAGGUAGAACAAAAAUUGACCAUGCAAAAGGAAUUGGAGAGGGAGCUAGCUUCAGUGAGGAGGGAAGCAGACAUGUUUCUGGAGGAAUUGAUUCCCUUGAGGACUGAAGUGGAUGAAAAGAAGAAAAUUGAAGAGACCUUACAAUCAGAAGUAGAGAAGCUACACCUACAGAAUGACGAAAUGAGAUGCAGUACAAAUCAACAGAAGUUGGAGAAUGAGAACCUGAUGAAGCUGGUGCUCAAAUUACAGGAACAGGAGGAUGAACCACCUGCAGAAGCAACUCAGAAAAGUAUUGUUGCUGGAGGAAGAAAAUGUAUGGGGGAGAACAUUCAUCACCAAGGGAAUGGCUUUACAAAAGGAAGAAUUGUGCAGAAUGGAUCCAGAAAAAUUGCUAAUAUGACAAGAAGAGAAGUUGAUUCAGGGAGAGUGCCAGAAACGAUCAACGGCCAGUCCCAAAAUAUACAUGAUCCUGAAGAAUUACAAGGUCAAGUAGCUUUAUUGACUGAGAGAAACAAACACAUGGAGCAUGAACUGAAGGACAUGGAAGAAAGAUAUUCAGAAAUAAGUCUUAAAUUUGCAGAGGUAGAAGGUGAAAGGCAACAACUUGUCAUGGCUUUGCGCAAUUUUAAAAAUGGAAAGAGGUAGUAGUUUUUCAACUGGUAUAUGAUCCACUUAUUUGAUUUGAGCAAGUCAACCUUCUGUAGAAGGUAAAUGAAGCAGUGGAGAAUAAGGUCUAAAAAAGUAGAUUCCCUGGCAAUAAGAAGUUUCUUCAAAUCCUCAAACUUUCAACUUCCAGGUCAUAGACAAGAAACCUGUCAGAAUAUCUUUUGACACUAUCUUCCAUUCAUUUUUGGCUAACACAAUAUGACUACUUACUAGAGUAUUUGCGAGCAGUAUAUCCAGGUUUCAUUCCUUCUGUAAAAUUUUACAUAGUAUCUGAACAUCAGUUGAUAAUGUUCACAUUUUAUUCACAUCAUCUAAAUGUAAAAUCGUGUUAACUUUCCUGUACA